UCUCCUCCCACUCGCUUUGUUUCUGCUGUGGGACGCGACGGCAUCUGCAUGAGCGUUCGCGUUAAAUCAUGUCUACUGAGUAAAUGGGAAAAACUACGGUCUCUGUGUAUGACUUAUUCGUGCCAUAUGGUCUCAAGUAAGAUCGGGAGCUGCCUUUAAUUUGAAUUAAUCAAGGAUUUACUGGUUUUCUUCGCCGCUGGCUGGGCUGGCCGUAUAUGAAAAUGGACCAGGCGGCGAGCCGCUACCAAGUGUUGCACAAUGAGGAUGACCCCUCCGAAGGGGCCGCCAGCGCCGAGCCGUCCACAUCCUCCCAGGCCUCUGCCGCUGUGUUAGGCAUCAGCAACCCCGCGAUGGAUACAGAAGCUCCGCCUCCUCCUUAUGCUAGUGUGGCGCUCGGAGCAACGGCUGCACCAGAGAGCACAUUUCCGGGGGAAUUUCCCGUUCCUCCACCAUACAGCGUUGCCACGUCUCUGCCUACUUACGAUGAGGCAGAGAAGGCUAAAGCAGCAGCCAUGGCUGCCUCGGCGGUGGAGGUCAUUCCACGAGAUGAGGAUUUUCCGGUUCGGGAUGACUUCAGUGACGCUGAUCAGCUGAGGGUGGGAAAUGAUGGAAUCUUCAUGCUGGCCUUCUUCAUGGCUUUUCUUUUCAACUGGAUUGGGUUUUGCUUGUCUUUCUGUUUGACCAACACCAUUGCUGGCCGAUACGGUGCUAUCUGUGGCUUUGGUCUCUCUCUCAUCAAAUGGAUCCUCAUUGUGAGGUUUUCAGAUUACUUUACUGGAUACUUCAAUGGGCAGUACUGGCUCUGGUGGAUUUUCCUUGUUCUUGGACUCCUGCUGUUCUUCAGAGGGUUCGUGAACUACCUAAAAGUGCGUAACAUGUCAGAAAGCAUGGUGUCUUCACUCCGAACUCGCUUCUUCCUCCUGUAUUAAAGGUCGCCUCACCAAAACAUUCCUCCCUAAUGUGAAAUUCCUUGAUGAUUUGCAACCCGUCAAAUGAACUGGACUGGAUCCCACUGAGGGGAAGAGGAAGAAGAGAAAAAAAAAAAAAUAAAGCGAGUAUCUCUGCCAAACGUUCUCAACUGAACUUGGUGAAAAUGGAAGGUUUUUCUGAACUUUGAAUGAGUUUCAUUACUUCCCAGUUGGCCUCAGCCCCAUAAACUUCUGGUUUACUACUAGAUUACUUCGAGAAGACGAAAAAAAAAAAAAAAAAGUCUUUUAAUGGUUAAUAUUCCCACACAUUGCAUGCAGAGUAUUGGAUUUGUGUACUUGGGUCGAACAAACUGCAAAAGAUCACUAGAAAUAUGCAGCCAAGACAUCCUAUGCAAUGUCUUUUACCAAAAUGGUUUAGCAGUCUUAGAUGAUGAUAAAACUAGACUAGUUUGAUUCUGAUUGCUUUGUUGCAUCCAAGGCCUUGGCAAAUUUGAUUGCAUUGCAGUAUUACUAUACCAAGUUUAGAUAGAAUUUAGCUAAACGGUCAAGCCGUUUCUCUUCUUCUUAAGUUUUGUCUCGCUUAACUUUAUAGUAAAUGAUUAAGUAACUUCAUUGAUGUGUUUCAGACUGGAAAUGGAAUUUGUACUUAUCCUGAAAUAUAUAUUUGCCUUUUGCACCUUCAUUUCCCCCCUUUUUUUAUGGUUAUUGUUAUUAAGUUGUGACUUUGCUCAAGCUGUGAUCUGCCUAGAUGAUUUUAGUUACUUGAAUGGCUGAAUGCUACUGUCAUUUGUUUCUAUUAAUCACAAGCCUCUUCAGCAAUAUCAGAUAUUAAAAGAAAUGCAUGGUUAUCUCAGUUACAAAUGACUAAUCCAGUAAACAAAAAAAAAAAUCUACUUACAUUUAUUAAAUGUAUGUAAAACAACCAAACUAUUUUUGUUGGAAUAAUGAUUUUGGAUAUUCUCUGAAUGACAGAGAUCAUUGUGUGCUAUGUUUAUUCUCUUGUCUUGCAUAAUGACAAUAAAAUUCAAAAUCCUCCCGGGUACAUUUA